AUGGGUUCUACGCCAUCAAUACCAGACUCAAUUAAUUUUGAUGAAAUUAUAAAUAAUACAGGUCUUUCAAAAAAGCAAAUAUCUGCAUUAUGGACUCGUUUUUAUGAACUUGAUUGUGAUGAUAGAGGUGAAGCAAAAGGAUAUAAAGGUUAUUUAGAUGGUAAUGAUUUUGGUCGUGUACCAAAAUUUGAUGAAAAUCCAAUAGCAGCUCGGUUAAUAACAGUUAUUUUCGAUGAUUUUGGUUCCAAUGAUAAAUUAACAUUUCCACAAUUUGUUAAUUUUAUGAGUACAUUUAGUCAAUGUGAACGAGGUGGACAUGAACAUCAUCAUCGUCAUCAUCACCAUCAUCAUUAUGGAAAACGUCGUUCAUCAGUUCAAACAUUAACAUCAAAUAAUACGCCUCAAUUAGGAUCAUCAACAUUAACUGAUCUUGAAAAUGUAAAAUAUUCUCCAGAUGAUACACCAAAAACACGCAAAAUUAAAUUUAUGUUUCGUAUGUAUGAUAUUGAUCGUGAUGGACGUUUAUCAAAAGAAGACAUACAAGAAACACUUAAACUGAUGGUCGGUAAAAUUAGUGAUGAAGAAGCAUCGAUUAUAGCAGAAAAAGUUCUUGGAGAAUUUACUGAUGAACAAUCUAAUUCAACUGUGUCACUUGAAACAUUUGAAGACACACUUGAAACACUUGAUUUUAUGGACAAAAUGGGUUUAAAACUUUUGAAAUAA